AGGAGGAAGAAAAAAAGAGGAGGAGGAAGGAAGCCGCACGCUGAGAGUCCGCACCGGCGAUCCGGCAGGAAGCGCCGCGCCCGGACGAUCGAGUAGGGCGCCCCCGACCUGGGUUCCAUUAUCUCCCCCGCUGUCUGUCGUGCCUUCCAGCAAACGCCACCGCGGUCGGGGCUGUCGGGGCCAGACGGAUGACCGAACCACGCGGCCGGCGCCGGGGCCGCCGCGAUCACCGCCCCUCGCGGGCUCCGGACAGCCAAGGCUGCUGGCGGAUGAAGUGAUUGGUUAGAAGAAGCAGUGAAGACCUUCCUUCCCUUUGCAGACAAGACAGCAUGGAGCAGCCAUUUACUGUGAAUUCACUGAAAAAGUUAGCUGCCAUGCCUGACCAUACAGAUGUCUCUCUAAGCCCAGAGGAACGAGUCCGAGCUCUAAGCAAGCUUGGCUGUAAUAUUACAGUCAGUGAAGACAUCACCCCACGCCGCUACUUCAGGUCCGGAGUAGAAAUGGAGAGGAUGGCAUCUGUGUACUUGGAAGAAGGAAAUUUGGAAAAUGCCUUUGUUCUUUAUAAUAAAUUUAUAACUUUGUUUGUAGAAAAGCUUCCUGGCCAUCGAGAUUACCAGCAAUGUGAAGUACCCGAAAAGCAGGAUAUUAUGAAGAAACUGAAGGAGAUUGCAUUCCCAAGGACAGAUGAAUUGAAAAAGGACCUUUUAAAGAAAUAUAACAUAGAAUACCAAGAAUAUUUGCAAAGCAAAAACAAAUAUAAAGCCGAAAUCCUCAAAAAACUGGAGCAGCAGAAACUGAUUGAGGCAGAGAGGAAGAGGAUUGCUCAGAUGCGUCAGCAGCAGCUAGAAUCUGAGCAGUUCCUGUUUUUUGAAGACCAACUCAAGAAGCAAGAGUUAGCCCGAGGUCAGAUGCGAAGCCAGGAGACCCCGAUGCUCUCCGAGCAGAUUGAUGGCAAUGCACUGUCCUGCUUCUCCACACACCAGAACAAUGCCUUGCUGAACGUAUUGGCUGAUCAACCAGAUAAAAGCAGUGCAACUAGUUUUGCUGGUCAUUCUCCUCCUGUAAACAGGGCCUUAAAGCCAGCAGCUACUCUCAGUGCGGUUCAGAAUUUAGUGGUUGAAGGACUGAGAUGUGUAGUUUUAUCAAGAGAUCUUUGCCACAAAUUUCUGCUGCUUGCUGAAUCAAAUACAGUAAGAGGAAUAGAAACAUGUGGAAUACUCUGUGGGAAACUGACACAUAAUGAGUUUACCAUCACCCAUGUGAUUGUGCCAAAGCAGUCUGCGGGACCAGACUAUUGUGAUGUAGAGAAUGUAGAAGAGUUAUUCAGUGUUCAGGAUCAGCACGAUCUCCUCACUCUGGGCUGGAUCCAUACACAUCCCACACAAACUGCGUUCCUAUCCAGUGUUGAUCUCCACACUCACUGUUCCUACCAGCUCAUGCUACCAGAGGCCAUUGCCAUUGUUUGCUCCCCCAAGCACAAAGAUACUGGUAUCUUCAGGCUCACCAAUGCUGGCAUGCUUGAGGUUUCUGCUUGUAAAAAGAAGGGUUUUCAUCCCCACACAAAGGAUCCCAGGCUGUUCAGUAUAUGCAAACAUGUGUUGAUAAAAGACAUAAAAAUAACUGUUCUGGAUCUGAGGUGAUAAGUACCAAAUCGAAGCAUCAUCAGCUCUACACCCCUGCCCAUGGUCAUGUGAUUGCCAGAUUUUGCUAAGAUGUUUCCAGAAAUGACUGAUAUUUUAUAUUUAUACAUUUUAGAUGAGGAAGUUUGAUAUUUAUUGCUCUCGCAUAUUUUGAAGUUUUCUUUUUCAGUUGCUUUCUCUCAAGAGAGAUAACAUGGUAUUCAAUCAAUAUCUAUUAAUGUACCCAAAUACUAUCACCAGAUAAUAAAUUGUGCUGCAAAA